AUACUCGAAUUGACGUGGAUAAUUGCUUUGGAAUCACUCCAGAGGGAAUUUUCUAUCUAUCGAUCACAAAAGAUACUUACCACAGACUCGGAAUUCAAGGAAAACCUUCACCAUUCGCAAAAAUACAUCGAAAUCGUUACUCGUGAGACAAACAAAAUAUGCCACAAUACAAGCAAGUGAAAAGUCUUGAAACGCUCGCGAUGCGAGCAGUCACUGCAUACGUUCGUAACUUAGGCGAAGAAUUGAUACCGAUGUACUCAAAAGCAUUCGAACUGGUACUACCCGAUUUCCAUAUGGAUUCAUUGGAUUUGAAUGGCUGUGAGGAUGAGUAUAUUGAAGAUGACAUCGAAUUUUUGGAUGAUUUCGAACAAAUUCGAGAGCUUGCUCGUCGUCGUCGCCGCAAAUCAUCUGCAAAAUCAACAGAUGAUAAUCGCAGAAAUAGCAUCACACAAAAGCAGCUGCAUGAAAUCUUACGAGCACGCAUCGCUAUUUUACAUGACAUGUUCGAGUACAAUGUGCCUUGUUUCCUUUUCGAUCGGCUCCGAAAGUUCUUGUUUCAAGAAAUACCAAAGAUGGUCGAACGCAUCAAACAACGACGUAGUUUAAAAACAUCACAAACCGAACUAAUGAGCCAAGUUAAUGUGGCUGUGUCACUCGUUGAAACUAUAAUCGGCCCUUAUCUGACAUAUCACAAUUUUGAAGAGACACCCAAAGUACUGCAAACCAUAUUUUAUAUGCGGCUCAAAGAUCUGAAGGGAUUGGAGUUUUUGAAUUUGGGAUCGUUGACUGGGGGCUGGAAGUCGGACGAAAUGGAGCCGACAAUUAUGUUGGGGUUAGAUAACAUGCAAAAUUUACAAUACUUGAGUUUAAACUACGACUGCACUGAUAAUUUAUUGCUAAAAUUGAUCGAAAAGUGCCCUCGAUUGACCUGCCUUGAUUUGUCAUCAUCAAAAGCAGUAACGAAUGACAGUGUGAACCUGUUGCUUCGAAUGCCAUCACUUCGAUACGUGAAUUUGCAUCGUACUUCAGUCUCUUUGGAAGGGUAUGUCAAACUGUUGUUGGGCCUGAAAAAACUAGAAGAUAUUGGUCAGUUUGAUGAAAUCGGGCGCUGUUUAGAGUUUAUUGUUGAUAAUUAUCCCAACAUUAAUAAAUUUGCCUUGAAGAAAUUCUGUAGCCGCUAUGUGACCACACGAUUCUUGCAAAUCAUAUCUGAAUACUGUCCGGAGAUGCAAUUCGUCUCAAUCUUUUUCAAUAUGUUGAUUUGUGAUCUCACCGCUGUCAUUGGCGUCAAUAAAUUGUCCGUGCUUCAUUUGUUGUCAUGUGAUUUUUUCAGUGAUCAAGUUCGUGAUGUGCUUGCGGUGAAGGGUUGUAACUUGACACAUCUACACUUAGAGCACGUAGAUCAAAUCGAUAUGAAUGCUCUAAUGUACAUUAGUCAAUAUUGUCCCGAUUUACAAGUUUUCACCAUUUACAAUUGCGAAAUGAUUGAAAGCACAUCACUUUACCUUCAAAAACCGGCAAUACCGCCCUUUAUGAAUUUGGAAAAACUGACCGUGAUCGCACAGUGUGAUUAUCGCCAUUUGGAAUUUUUGUGGUCGACAUGUCUACGCAUCAAAAUGAUCAAAUGUGGUAUGAUGGUGCCAACAACUGAUCAACUUUUUGAACGCGUUUUAUCUCGCAACCCGAUGGAACACUUGGAAGAAUUGAGCAUCCCUAAAUCGGAUGGUUUAACCAUACAAAUGGCAUACAAAUUCGUUGAAAUUUGUCCCAAACUUACCCAUCUCAAUGAACUCGAAGGAUGGAACUUGAUCAAAGAAGAUGAUAUACAACUAUUCAAAACAUUUGUCAAGACCAAUAAUAUAGACUUAAAUCUUGAAUCGAAAAGGUUUCAAACUACAACCGAAGAACUGUUUUAAUUUUAAUACUGUUUUGUAAUUUGUAUUUGCAUAAAAUGAUUUGAUAUUCAAUACAUCAUAUGGUUUAUACUUGUUCAUA